UAUGGUUUCCAAAGUGCUUUAUAUUUGUUUGAUCGGGUUGUCGCUGGUUGUAAUCGUGAAUGGAGAAUACUUCGACUUGCAACAGUACCACCGCAUGCCCAAGCUGUCCGAGUUCGACGAUUACGACCAAUGUAUGGAAGAGGCACCGGUUGGAACGGUGGCCACUUACUGCAUGAUCCGGCUGGUCAUUGAACCAGACAACAGCUCCGAGUUAUGGCAUAUGAUUGAGGCCUUUUCAAUAGAUCGAAGACACUACAAUCAUCGCCAUUUGGUGCGAGGCGUCUGUGUAGAACGAUGCAAGCAGUUGGUUUACGGAUUGCCCAACACUACCCAACAGAUGCUGAAGGUGGAUAAGUUUGAAAUUGACUAUCCGUACAUUUUCGAUGUAUCCGUAUUCAAAGAUACGUACAAGAACCGCGAUCGCUAUGGAGAGUUGUUGGAAGUUUGCUUAAACUACAAACUGAAUCAGACUUAUCAAUUGAAGGCUUACACGGAAAUUGAAGUCUGCGAUAGGAACGAUGAAGCCAGUGAGACUGAUUUAUUGGACAUGCUAUUCGUAAUAGUAUUCGUCGUUGUAAUCUCCCUCGUUGUGCUGUCAAGUUGGUAUGAUAAAAGCAUAAACUUCAAACAAGAUGUGGUUCACUACAAGAUGGAUGUCAACAGUAAAAGAAAAAUGGUCUACGUAUCAUUCUCAAUCCUUCGCAACUGGUACCGUUUGACUUCACGCUCGUCGGAGUCCCUUCAUAAAGACCUACGAUUCCUUCAAGCGAUACGAUUCUUCACAAUGAUGUUCGUCAUUAUGGGGCACGCCGCAUUACUAAACUCCAUUAUCCCCACGCAGAACACAUCCCAGUUGGAAUUGAUGUACCACCGCAUCGGAACGAUGAUUCUAACGGGUGGGGUUCAAAUCACCCAAAGCUUCCUCUCUAUAAGCGGUGCCUUGGUGGCAAUCCACGUUAUGACCUAUGCUGAACGAAGCAGUAACAAGAUCGGGAUCCCUUUCCUGCUGAAAGCCACCAUCUAUCGCUACAUCCGGCUAACUCCGGUGUAUGCCUUCAUCAUUCUGCUGCAUGCCACUUGGUUGGUGAAAAUGCAAAACGGUCCAAUAUGGAAGCAAGGUUCGGAAACCGAAAAGGCGUUUUGUCGGAGGAAUUGGUGGACCAAUUUGCUGUACGUCAACAACUACGUAAAUGCGGAUCAACCGUGCGUUCAGCAAGGAUGGUACCUCGGGUGUGAUUAUCAACUUUUCAUCGCUGGAACAUUGCUAUUGAUCUUGAUCAAUAGAUUCCGCAGAUUCCUGAUACCGAUCGUAACGUUAGCCUCCAUUGGAUCAUACGUGCUUCCUGCGCUGUUCAUCUACUAUCAGAAACUGGAGGGAGUAUUCGUAAUAACUCUCGAAGCCCAGCGAUUCGUCUUGUGGUUCGACCAAUUCUACCUGAAGUCGUACAUUCCCUUCCAUGUCAACACUGGAAACUUCCUCGGCGGAAUGAUAACUGGUCUCCUUUAUAUGCAUUUGAAAAAGCGAAAUGUUAAUCCAGUUCAAAAACUAUGGUUCCGUAUCCUAUGGUAUUUGGUUAUCCCGUUGUCCCUCGCAAGCAUGCUGGUUCAUUACAUUUUCUACGUGAACGACUUCGAAAAACCUUCCAUCUGGAUGGCGAUCUAUUUUCCGGUGAUGAAAAACUCCUGGGCAUUUUUCAGCUGUAUUUUCGUCCUCGGAUUCAUCAAUGGGAUAGCCCCGAUGUUGCAGCGUAUCUUCAACCAGCGAAUAUUUGAACCCUUGGGACGGUUAACAUACUCGGCCUACCUGGCACAUGUGUUUGUGAUGCGUUUGAUUAUUUUGAGCAUACGAUCUCCAGCACACUUCAAUUACUUAGCUAUGAUUACCAUCACUUUCGCUUCGCUGGUGUUUUCAUAUCUGAUGGCGAUGUUUUUGUGUCUGACUCUGGAGCUCCCUGUAUCUGCGCUGCAGAAACAUAUGCUGGGUCCAUUAAGAGGUGAUGGUGGCAAGCAACUCGAUUCGGAGGUCAAUAUUGCGGUGGUCAAAGAGCAAAUACAGAAUGGAUCACCGAAAACAAUAAGUGGUACGAGAGAACAUUAGUCUACCAAAAUAAAAAAUAAAGCACUUGCUUUACAAAAACUGGGAGGUUUCAUGUAGUGGGCUUUUCCUUAUUUAAGUUGGAUCAA